ACUGUGCUCCAAUCUCUCGCGGCGAGAAGGUCUCCCUCUCUGCACGUUAUACGAGAUAGGAUUCGGACGAACGAGGUAUAUAGCCUACCUAUAUAACACAGCCUUGCGAGUGAGUGCGACGUUGUACUUAUAAGUAUAUACGCUUAUAGAGAAAAAGGGGAAAAGCCAAAACCUGCCGCGGAAGCGCGCGUAGUGUUUUCUCUCUCUCUCUCUCUCUCUCGCUCUCGCUCUCGCUCUCUUUCUCUCUCGCUCGCAAAAUUUGCGCUUACGUACUCUCUCUCUCUCCGGCACCUCUUUUUCUUUCUCUCUGUCACUGUCUGUCUCUCUGUGCGUGUACCCCGGGGGAGAAGCUGCGACAGCCGAAGAUUGUGUCUGGACUGUGAAGGUGAGCGAGUAGUCGGGCGUCGAUCGUCAGCUACUCUCGGUUAUCAUUAUUAUCGGGCGGCUCUGCGCUGCUCUUCCGCUGCUCACCCUCCUGAGCUGUCUGCUGCUGCUGCAACUGCUACUCGUGCUGGAUUUUUUGACGCGCAACGCGGGCUUGCUCUGCUGUUGUGCGCGAAAACAAAUUGACGGGACGACGGCGAGCUACGACAACGCACACGACGCACCGCGCAAAAUGGCCGAGGCCUGGCCUGUCGCCUUCAUCCACACCGCGGCUGUCAAGUUGGCGAUUGGAUUUCGAGUUGUUUUCGCCGAAAGGACUGGAUUUCGCCGGGAAUGAGCGUCGAUGAUUUUUCCUGCUACACUGCUGUCGAAUUUUUGCCCGAGAGAGCGAGUUAAAAGUCGAAUGGGAUGCUGUUUUGAUCGGUCGUCUCGGUGUCGCCAUUUUGCGCGGUAGGACAUGUUUCGAGUCCCCAAGGCCACAAUGCCUGCUCCAACUGUGUCAGCGCUGAAUGCAUCUGCAAAGCAAUCAAAAGAGCAACGCCACUGUGCUUAUUCAUUGUAUCGAUGUACCCGACCGUUGCUGGACUCUUACUCGUACUGUUUGAGGCAUAUUUUAGAAGACAGCAAUGCCCCAUUCAAGCCGUGCAGCUUUAUAUACAAUGUUAAUGGACGCAAGUGUCAGCACCCAGCACCUAAGCUGGAAAGAAGAGAUGUUUCCUACUGUGCGGAACACGCAAGAAGAGCUCAAAGUGUUAGAAAUAAAUCUAAUACCAAACAUUCUUUGCCAGAAAGUGCUGAAACUUUGAUACUUGGUCUAAGACAUUAUGUAAAACCGACAGAUCCAAAUGUGAAACCAGAAGAUGUCAAAGAAGAAAAAGUUAAGAUUUUAAAACCAUUUGCUGAAAUUGAUUCGUAUAGAGUAAAUGCAAAAGGACCUGAUAUUCUGGAUUAUGCCAGUUCUUCAGAUAGUGACGUUGAACCCACUUUAAUUAGUGACACCGUAAGAGGAACAUAUCUAGAAGACAGUGAUAAUGAAAGCUUACAUAGUCCUGAAGAAGAUCCAUUGAGGCAUGCUGGAGUAUAUACAGCGGAAGAAGUUGUUUAUAUCGCCAGAGAAAAGCUAAUGAGGCUACAGUCACUAUAUAUCGAUCAAUUUAAAAGGCUGCAAUACACUUUAAGGGAAAAAAGACGAAAAUAUUUGCACGCCUUAAAAAAAGAAAAAGAAACGUUGUGCAGUAUUCACGCUCAAGUGAAGGACUCGGCGAAGGAAAAGAAAAUUUAUGAAAAACUGAAAGCUUUAAAUAGCUAUCACAGGCGAAGUGGCGUGGAAGCUAUUCUUUAUAAAAAAUCUAUAGAACGGCGAGCACAAGUAACAGAGGGCCCAGCGCAAAAGCCUCCUAGCAUGCAAAAGUGUAUUUUUACCGAAGGCGGAGUUAAGUGUGGAGAAAGAACGUUACCUUCUUCAAAAUACUGUCGUAAGCAUAUACUUAAGGACCAGAACCAAGUAUUGUUUAAAGCCUGUGGAGCAAUAGAAGCUGAUAUGCAAUGUCACGAACCGGUGCCUGUGAUCUUUGAUACGAAUUGUGUUUUUCACGCUCAAGUACCAAAAGAAAUAAAAUUGGAGCCCAUGAAGGUAAAAGAGGAGAAACCAGAAGAGAAGCCACCAUCACUACCACCACUAGUCCCAAUUGAUCCGACGCAAGAAAAAGCAGCAAUGGAAAUCGACGUUGUAGGUGAUAGUAUGGAAAUCGAUCCCGAUGACGACAUGGCAGGCAUAAUGCGUGAAAUGAACGAUGUCGUGAAUAAAACUUCUACGUUCAACGAGAGUAUUGCUAGUGAGACAAGCACGGACACAGCUUUUAGUCUAUCGGCGCAAGUAAACGAUAAGGAUGAUCUAGUAACAAAAUGAGCAUAAUUUUCCAGUGCACACAUUAGUAAUCGCUCAGAUGUACAAAUGUUAAAUAAUUUCAUUUUUAACCAAAAAUCAUGUAACAUUAAAAUUCGCCUUCGUAUCAUUAUUUAUUUUUAUUAUAUUAAAAUAGAUUAUUUGUACAUUUUUCAACUAAUGAUUACGAAAUGUAUAUAACUUGUUGAAUAAUUUUAUAAAGAAAAUACGUUAACUUAAAA